GGUCUCGGUACGUAUGUGUCCAAAGCUGAGACAAAGACGUUACAGAGAGAUCCCGACUUAGUGAAGUCUGCGCAAACAAAGCUCUUCCCGAACAUAUGGAAACAAACCGACCGAAUUCAGCCUUUGUGUCGCAAACAAUCUUCUAAAAUCUGCCGUAUAUCGAGAAGACCCAACGAUGUCAGAGUACCGAGAAACUCUCAGCAACAUAGCUGGAUCACUGACGAGCAAGACUUGAAGAAGAUGGUCUUCUUCUGCAAAGAUGUCGAAGGCAUGACGAAGAGAGAUCUGGAGGUGGACAGUGCAUUAGAUCUCUUUGGCAAACUGGAGGAACGAGGUGUUCUCUCCCCGGCCAAAACAACAUUCUUGGGGAAACUUCUUGGCGAUAUUGCUCGGUUUGACUGUCUAGAAAUGUGGGAAGAAUAUCAGCGCGGGUUGGCCAGCUCUAAGGACACAAAGAAAGAUAAUCCUACAUCUAGGAAAAGGCGAAAUGAUCCAGAAAUACCAGCAUCUAGGAAACGGAAACGCACUCCAGAUCCUUCGGAUCCUGAAGAGUACUUGAGUAACAAAUAUCUUAACGGCGUACUGGCGCCGGAAAUAACAGAGGAAGAGCAGCAGGUCUUGGGUCCAGAGUUAGGAUUUUCAAGGGGGUAAAUGUCUGCUUUUAAAGUAAACAACCCAGGGAACCUGCGCCAACAGACUUACUGCAUGCUGACGGCUUGGAGGAAUCGCCAGGGGUGUGACGAAAAGACACAAGUAAGGUCUCUUGCUAAAAUACUGGCAAAAGUGGGAUGCGUUAACUUGAAAAAACGAAUACUCAAAGACCAUAAUCUACACUGAGCCGAAGAGCAGGCUAAAAAGAAUAAUUAAGACAUAAUAUUAAACCCGUAAAGGCCGGCUCAUGCUGGACGAGAAAGCGAACAGAAACGUGAAUUUGUCACGUCAGAUCAUCUCAAUUAUUCACUCUGUUAAUUCGCAGAAGCUCAACACAUUUCAACUUAUCAAAAUUUGCUGCAAAUCUUUCGUGACGUCAACAUUGCUUCGUUUUCAAAUUCACCUGAAGUAUGAACCGGCAUUAAAUCAACCCUGUUUAUAAAUUAAGAAAAUGAGAAUUCCAUUGCUUGGCCACUAAAAUUUUUUAAACUCAUGCGUCGGGGGAUGGCUUAUUCAAGCGGGGAUUUAUUAAGCAUUCCUGAGAUGCAAGGUUUUAGAUUUAUUUAGGCGAGAUUUGACGUUUUUCAUGGCGAAGGUGCCAAGUGAAGGUAAGGAGCUUGCGGUAAUACUAUGCAAAAAAUAUCUCUUUUGUAAAUUUGUGUGGUUUUGAGAGAACCAGAGGUACUCAACGUUUCAGACAGUAUGCCCUGUCUUUCAUCAGGAGUCAUUUUGUGUGAUGCUACUGCAACUUCAGGCGUUGUAAUGUAAAAAUAAUCUGUGUGUGUGGCACAUUCCUGCGAUGGUAAGACAGAUGAAAUAUCCCAUUAGUCACGUCAUGAACGUUUCCGUGCAGAGUAGCCGAGAUUAGUAAGGGGGUGUGGAUUAUGUAGUUGGGGGGGGGGUGUCCAAUUUCUGCAUGGAACCCAGGUGCUGACUCAUGGAUUCACAUGCUCAGUCUCUUCCGUCGUGUGCCUUAUACACCUUGCCUCAUAAAGUACAGUACCAUCUGCCGUACGGUGGCUUAUUCCUUCCUAGUGUCAAAAGACCCAUUUCCCAUUAAAUACCGAUUUUGAUUUAGCGACUGGCUUUAAUUUUCCGUUUUGGGGUUGGAGGAGCAAUAGUGUCAAUACACAGCCUCUGCUUUUGGAGGGGGGGUAAGGGAAGAGUUGCACAUGUGUAUUACCGUGAAGCUUUGUGGGGAAUUUGCAAGUGCGGUGUGUUUCUGCGAUCCAUUGUUGUCAUUUACACAGGCUAACGAUUUAACCCAAUGUCAAUUUGGAUGAACAAAUCAAAUCUUUCCGGUUAAACAUUUGAUUUCCAGCGACGAAUUUCUUUCUCAAAAUAUGGAGGGCCUGAUGUUUCGAUCCUAGCAGAAUCCAGCCUCAAAGGCAAAAGGGUUCGCCUCAGUUGAGAAAGAUUCUGCUAGGAUGGAAACGUCAGGCCCUCCAUAUUUUGAGAUUUGUAUUUGAUGUCAUGGUAGUCAGCAAGCAGUUUGCAGCAGUUUUGCAUAACAGAUCUGUAAAUUUGUUAAUACAUGGAGUUCCAAAGUGUUUCAACAAGGACAUCGUAAUGUAACUUUUAAGAUGUCUGUUACUUCAAACCAUUGUUCUCCUUCAUUCUGUUCAAAUAGUCUGUAAAUGCAGCCCCAUGGGUAGCCACUGAUUGUGUAGAAUACAAAAGAUGACGCCAAUUUUAACUAUUCACUGACUGAUUUUAUACCAGGCAAGAUAUGCGGCGGAGGGGUACCCCCCACCUGUCCAAUCCCUGUACACACUCGAGACU